AUGGUCAACACUGGUUAUGUCACCCAUGGUGUCGUCCAUGUAGAGCAAUUACUUGACCACUUGAUGGCGUCUCUGGCAGAAGACAUGUACAUUUCUGUAUCCAAUGGAGGCUACAAAGGAGAAUGGGGAUCAACUGAAGAGUGCCCUGAAGGGUCAAAGGCAAUGGGCUUCAAGCUACAAGUGGACAGGGAUCUGGUGACUGCGGACACCACGGGGGUCAACUCCAUUUACUUGCUCUGCGCGGAUCCUUCCUCUGAAAACGUUGUUGGUACCAUAUCCUCCAGUAAAGGAGACUUCGGUAACAUGGGACAAGAACUGAAGUGUAACCUGGGAUCAUAUCUGGUAGCCUUCUGUCUGAAUGUUGGAAAAAGGCUUCUUGAUAACAUUGGUGUCGCCAACGUCAAGUUCAAAUGCUCAGAUGGGACGAUCCUAACGGGAGAUGGUUACGACUGGGCGACCUGGGGUGCAUUCAGUGAGGAAUGUCCAAAUGGAAUCAUCGGCAUGAGGACUAGACAGGAGAAAUAUCGGGGACCUUUCAAGGACGACUCUCAGCUGAAUGAUGCCAGUAUGCUAUGCUCUAGAGUUUUUCAAUACGUUAAGGGAUGA